AUGAAGCGCGGCCUGAGGAAGAUGCUGCGCCUCGGGGAGAAGAAGGAGCCCCAGGGCGUUGUCUACCAGGGCGUGGAGGACGACAUGGACGACUCCAGGGACUCCUUUAAGGUGGUUUGUGAAAGAAGUACAUGUAGAUUACAAAACUUUGUGAAGAAACCAAAGAAAUUAAGGAAAUAUGAUGAUAUGAAUGCCUCCCCUUUGCAUCAUGCUGCAGAAGAGGGUCGGGUAGAAUUGAUGGAGAUGAUCAUCAAUGACUCCUCCUGUGAAGUGCUGAAUGGGAUGGAUGAUUAUGGAAAUACUCCUCUGCAUUGGGCUGCAGAAAAAAACCAGGUUGAAAGUGUUAAGUUUCUUCUUAGCAAAGGAGCCAACCCAAACAUCCGAAACUACAACAUGAUGGCACCCCUCCACAUAGCUGUGCAGGGAAUGCACAACGAGGUGAUGAAGGUCUUGACUGAGCACAGCAGUACUGAUAUUAAUUUGGAAGGAGAAAAUGGAAACACAGCCGCGCUCAUUGCGUGUUCCAAAGAUAAUAGCGAAGCCCUGCAGAUUCUGUUCAAUAAAGGAGCUAAGCCAUGUAAAUCAAAUAAAUGGGGGUGUUUCCCUAUUCACCAGGCUGCGUUUUUUGGUGCCAAAAAGUGCAUGGAAAUAAUAUUGAAGUUUGGUGAAAAACACGGAUAUAGCAGACAGUCUCAUAUUAACUUUGUGAAUAAAGCGAAAGCUAGCCCUCUCCACAUGGCAGUUCAGAGUGGUGACCUGGAAAUGAUUAAAAUGUGCCUGGACAAUGGUGCACAGUUGGAGCUGAUGGAGAAUGGAAAGUGCACACCCCUACAUUUUGCUGCCACCCAGGGAGCCACUGAGAUUGUUAAAUUGAUGAUAUCUUCCUAUUCUGGUAGCAGCGAUAUUGUUAACGCAGUGAAUGGAAAUCAGGAGACACUGCUUCACAGAGCCUCGUUAUUUGAUCACCAUGAACUAGCAGACUACUUAAUUUCAGUGGGAGCGGAUAUUAAUAGCACCGAUUCUGAAGGACGUUCUCCACUUAUAUUAGCAACUGCUUCUGCAUCUUGGAAUACUGUAAAUUUGCUACUCUCUAAAGGUGCCCACGUAGACAUAAAAGAUCAUCUUGGACGUAAUUUUUUGCAUUUGACUGUACAGCAACCUUAUGGAUUAAAAAAUUUGCGACCUGAGUUUAUGCAGAUGCAACAUAUUAAAGAGGUGGUAAUGGAUGAAGACAACGAUGGGUGUACUCCUCUACAUUAUGCAUGUAGACAGGGGGUCCCUGUCUCUGUAAAUAACCUCCUUGGCUUUAAUGUGUCCAUUUAUUCCAAAAGCAAAGAUAAGAAAUCACCCCUACAUUUUGCAGCCAGUUACGGGCGUAUCAACACCUGUCAGAGGCUCCUGCAAGACAUGAGUGAUACGAGGCUUUUGAAUGAAGGUGACCUUCAUGGAAUGACUCCACUCCACCUGGCUGCAAAAAAUGGGCAUGAUAAAGUAGUUCAACUUCUUCUGAAAAGAGGCGCAUUAUUUCUCAGUGACCACAAUGGCUGGACUGCUUUGCAUCAUGCUUCCUUGGGCGGGUACACUCAGACCAUGAAGGUCAUUCUUGACACUAAUUUCAAGUGCACAGAUCAGCUAGAUGAAGAAGGGGUAUGUACUGUGAAUGUGGAUAUCCCUACCCAACAUGACCACCUCAUACUAGUUCAUGAUUUCAGGAGAAAAAGAAGAUGGGAAGACUGUUUGAAAGUUUUUAGUCAUUAUUCUCCAAGCAAUAGAUGUCCAGUCACAGAAAUGGUAGAAUACCUCCCUGAAUGCAUGAAAGUACUUUUAGAUUGCUGCAUAAUACCCUCCACUGAAGACAAGUCCUGCCGAGACUACCAUAUUGAGUAUAAUUUCCGAUAUCUUCAGUGUCCAUUAGAAUUCACCAAAAAAGUAGCACUUGUACAGGAUGCUAAAUAUGAGCCUCUUUCAACUCUCAACGCAAUGGUGCAACAUAACCGCAUAGAGCUUCUCAACCAUCCUGUGUGUAAAGAAUAUUUACUUAUGAAAUGGAUGGCCUAUGGGUUUAGAGCCCAUCUUAUGAACCUAGGAUCUUACUGUCUUGGUCUCUUGCCUAUGACCUUUCUUAUUGUCAAUAUAAAGCCAGGUGUGGCUUUCAAUUCAACUGGAAUCAUCAACGAAACUAGUGAUCAUUCAGAAAUAUUAGACACUAAGAAUUCAUAUUCUAUAAGAGUUUGCAUGAUUUUAGUAUUUUUAUCAAGUAUAUUUGGAUAUUGCAAAGAAGUGGCCCAAAUUUUCCAACAGAAAAGGAAUUACUUCUUGGAUCUUUGCAAUGUACUUGAAUGGAUUAUCUACACAACAAGCAUCAUUUUUGUGUCACCCUUGUUCAUUGGUAUACCAGCUCAUGUGCAGUGGCAUUGUGGAGCAAUUGCUAUAUACUUCUCUUGGAUAAACUUCUUAAUGUACCUUCAGAGAUUUGAAAAUUGUGGGAUUUUCAUCGUUAUGUUGGAGGUAAUUAUGAAGACUUUGUUGAGGUCUACAUUCGUAUUUAUCUUCCUUCUUCUGGCUUUCGGGCUGACUUUUUAUGUGCUCCUGGGCAUACAGGAUGCUUUCAGCUCUCCAUUGCUUUCUAUAAUCCAGACCUUCAGCAUGAUGCUAGGAGAUAUCAAUUAUCGCGAUGCCUUCCUAGAACCGUUUUUGAGAAAUGAAUUGACAUAUCCAGUUCUGUCUUUUGCACAACUUAUUAUCUUCACAAUGUUUGUCCCAAUUGCCCUCAUGAAUUUACUUAUUGGUUUGGCAGUUGGGGACAUUGCCGAGGUCCAGAAGCAUGCAUUGUUGAAGAGGAUUGCUAUGCAGGUGGAACUUCAUACCAGCUUAGAGAAGAAGCUGCCACUCUGGUUCCUACACAAAGUGGAUCAGAAAUCCAUUGUCGUGUAUCCCAACAGACCCCGAUAUGGUGGAGCGUUAUUACGUUUGUAUUGUUAUAUCUUUUGCACCCAAGAAGCAAGACAAGAAAUACCAAAUGCUGAUACAUCUUUAGAAACAGAAAUAUUGAAGCAGAAAUACCGGUUGAAGGAUCUCACUUCUCUUCUGGAAAAACAGCAUGAACUCAUUAAACUCAUCAUUCAGAAGAUGGAAAUCAUCUCUGAGACAGAGGAUGAAGAUAACCAUAGUUCUUUUCAAGACAGGUUUAAAAAAGAGCAGUUAGAACAAAGGAGCAGCAAAUGGAAUUCUGUGUUGAGAGCAGUAAAGGCAAAAACACACUGCCCUUAG